UCUCUUUUGCGACUUCAAUGACAGGCAAAAUGUGCGACAGCCGCUUGCUGGGCAAAGAGGAAGCUACUUAAGAGGCUCUUCGCCUUGUUUUAAAGGCAGGGUUGGUUGGCUGCCUUUGCGCUCUCUUCGGUUGCCUUUCUCCGCCCCUCUGGUGGCCGGGACAGCCGGUUUAGGAAGAGGGAAAGCAUUCUUGGGGAGGGAGCAGGCUGAGGGCUUUGACUUAAGUUUGGGAGUUUAGAUGAGAUCGUAGCCUCCUGUCUCUUCCCACUCCCCCCCAUUCCCCACCCCCACCCCCACUCCCUUGAGCCCCGUUCUUGCUGGCAGCAGCCUCCAGGUGCACAGUUCAGGCAGGAGGAGGGGCCGCUCCCGGCUGCAUUAGCGUCCAACAUGGAUAGAGAAAUGAUACUGGCUGAUUUUCAGGCAUGUACUGGAAUAGAAAAUAUUGAUGAAGCUAUCACCUUACUUGAACAAAAUAACUGGGAUUUAGUGGCAGCCAUCAAUGGAGUUAUACCACAGGAAAAUGGCAUUUUAGAAAGUGAAUAUAGUGGAGAAUCUUUACAAAGGCCUGCCUAUGGUCCCGCUAGUCAUCCUUCGUCAUCGUCUUCAGCAUCUUCCUCCUCUUCUGCAUUUCGUCCCGUAGUGCCAUCCAGACAAAUAGUGGAAAGACAACCACGCAUGCUUGACUUCAGAGUGGAAUACAGAGAUCGAAAUGUGGAUGUGGUGCUCGAAGACAGUUCUACAGUUGGAGAGAUCAAACAUAUUUUAGAAAAUGAGCUUCAGAUUCCUGCAUCGAAAAUGUUGCUAAAGGGCUGGAAGACUGGAGAUGUAGAUGAUAGUACUAUUCUGAAAACUCUACACUUGCCGAAAAACAACAACCUGUAUGUCCUAACGCCCGACUUGCCACCUCCAUCUUCAUCAAGUUUGCCAGGUGCCCUGCAGGAAUCAUUAAAUCAAAACUUCAUGCUGAUCGUCACCCAUCGAGAAGUCCAGCGGGAGUACAACCUCAACUUCUCAGGAAGCAGUACCAUUCAGGAGGUUAAACGAAAUGUGUAUGACCUGACUAGUAUCCCUGUUCGUCAUCAAUAUUGGGAAGGCUGGCCUGCUUCUGCUACAGAUGACUCAAUUACUUUAGCAGCCUCAGGAAUCUCAUAUCCUUGCCAUCGACUUACAGUUGGAAGAAGGUCUUCACCAGCACAAACUAGAGAACAAUCAGAAGAGCAAUGCACAGAUGUACAUAUGGUUAGUGACAGUGAUGGAGAUGACUUUGAAGAUGCUACAGAAUUUGGGGUGGAUGAUGGAGAGAUGUUUGGUAUGGCAUCAUCUGCAUUGAGAAAAUCUCCAAUGAUGCCGGAAAAUGCUGAAAAUGAAGGAGAUGCCUUAUUACAAUUCACAGCAGAAUUUUCUUCAAGAUAUGGUGACUGCCAUCCAGUAUUUUUUAUUGGAUCUUUAGAGGCUGCCUUUCAAGAAGCCUUCUAUGGAAAAGCUAGAGAUAGGAAGCUUCUUGCUGUCUACCUCCACCAGGAUGAAAGUGUGCUGACUAAUGUAUUCUGCUCUCAAAUGCUUUGUGCUGAAUCUAUUGUUUCCUACCUGAGUCAGAACUUUAUAACAUGGGCAUGGGAUAUGACAAAAGAAGCAAAUCGAGCAAGGUUUCUAACAAUAUGCACAAGACACUUUGGCAGUGUUGUAGCUCAAACUAUUCGGACUCAGAAGACAGAUCAGUUUCCAUUGUUCCUUAUUAUUAUGGGAAAGCGAUCAUCAAAUGAGGUGUUGAAUGUAAUACAAGGAAACACAACAGUGGAUGAGUUAAUGAUGAGGCUGAUGGCUGCAAUGGAGAUCUUCAGUGCUCAGCAACAAGAAGACAUAAAAGAUGAGGAUGAACGCGAGGCCCGAGAAAAUGUGAAGAGAGAACAGGAUGAAGCUUACCGAAUCUCUCUGGAAGCUGACAGAGCAAAAAGGGAAGCACAAGAAAGAGAAAUUGCAGAACAGUUUCGCUUGGAACAGAUUAGAAAAGAACAAGAGGAAGAGCGUGAAGCUAUAAGGCUCUCUUUAGAGCAGUCAUUGCCUCCUGAACCCAAACAGGAGAGCACUGAAUCAGUUAGUAAGCUACGUAUCCGAACACCCAGUGGAGAAUUCUUUGAACGGCGUUUCCUGGCCACUAGCAAGCUGCAGGUUGUCUUUGAUUUUGUAGCUUCCAAGGGUUACCCUUGGGAGGAGUUCAAGCUACUCGGGACUUUUCCCAGGAGAGAUGUAACCCAACUGGAUCCAAAUAAAUCAUUAUUGGAGUUAAAAUUGUACCCUCAAGAAACACUUUUUCUAGAGGCAAAAGAAUAGAUGAAGCCAGAUUGGAGGACUAAGUAAUUAUUUGAUAAUGAAUAAGGCACGGCGAACGCUUUAUCCAAAUCACUGUGUCCUAUCAUUUAAAUCAGAUCAAUGUCCCAACUCUGCCACUUUCAAGAAGCUGGGAAGAAAGAAUAAACAUAGUUCCAUAAAAAUUUCCCAUACAUGAGUAUGUGUUUUCAACCUCAUUUAAAAGAGCAGAGAAAAUACUUUGCUACAAUACUGAACACUAGAAUCUGUUGCUCACUUACCAUCUGGCUUUUGUUAUAACUAAUACACUGUUAAAAUGUGAGUGAUUGUCCAGUAGAAUUUUUACUCCUCAAUUACCCCUUUUUUCACCAAGAAUUCUUGGACAUUUCUGCCUGUACUUUUGACACUAGAAUACUGUAUAUUUGAUAUCUUGCUAAACCAGUGCUCUCAUAUAUGUGCAUUUUCUUUCUGUGUUUGAAAUUCGAUUUUGCCACCUAAUUUUUUUUAAGGCAGAAAAACAAUAAAUGGGACAUUUUCAUCCUUGGAGAUUUAACAGUAUUGUAGUAGUAGAAAGCAGAGGGUGUUUCUUUCCUCUAUACUUUCUGACUCUUUCAUAAGAUGUAAGGUUUUGUUUGGAGAAGAUAGUUUGACAUAUAUGCAAGAUAUUUAUUUACUGAUUUUUAUUUUUAUUUUGCUUUGAAUCUCGAUCCAGAUUCAGUUUGGGGAGUAUUUUCCAUUACAUUGCAGUGUGUUGAACUGCUGAUGAUAUGAGUAUCUAAAUAAUGUUUAAAAAAAGGAACUGUAGUGAAUGACUAGUACCCACAGCUAACAGUUCAGAAAAAACAGGUGUUGGCUAUGAAUGUCCAAAGCAGCACAAAUAGUAAAGUUCUUUGCUCAUCAUUGUAAAAGAAUUACAGGACUCCUCUCCCAUCCCCCAUCCCCUCCUGUGUUUUAUUUCUUUUUGCUUUUUUCCCAUUCUGACACUGGUUUGUAUUAUUUUUCUUGCAGUUUAAAGCACCUUGUUUGUUUCACCAAACAAUAAAAAUGUAAAAUUACAGUGUAUUAAGAAAUGUUUGCAGAUUUUGAUUAUGGACAUGAGAAACGCAUCCAUCCAUCCAUCCAGGGGAUUGGUCUAUUCAGGGGGUUAGAAAGUUUGGAACAUUUGAAUCAGCAUGCUGCUUGAAGCUACAUCAAAAUAGAUUUGUAAGCUUUUUUUUUUAAAUGUGAAUUACAAACUGUAGGCUUAGACUGUGGCAUACAAAAGCACCAUGGAAAAUUCAUUUUCUAAAUAAUACAUUUGUUCUCCAUUAUUUCUCAUUUGACAUAUCUUCUUUAUUGUAGCAGACUGCUAUUCUCUUCUAAGAAUUAAUACAAACUGGAAAAAAUAUGCAUUUUUAUGCAUAAUUAUGCAUUUUUGUCUCAUUCUCUUUUGGCUGGAGUAAUGAACUUAAGAACUAUGUUAAGUGUUUAAGGAUACAGAUACAUUAUUUUUUACCAAAUAUGGAAAAAGUGGAGAAGAUAUGUGUCUUAUAAAAUUCAGUUAGGACAUAUAUUAGAAGAACUACUCUAUUUGUGUCAAUCAAAAUUGUUGUAUGUUUUAAUCACCCAUGGUGCACACAAAUACAUAAAUAAAUGCUCAACUUGCCAAGGAAGACAUUUAUAAUGGAAAAUUCAACUGCUCACUUAUGCUGAACAAGUUGAAAAUGGAAAUAACAAACGUAAAGAUUUCUUUUUUCCAUAGAUAAGCUGGAAAAUGGAAUCUAUGCAGGGGUCUCCAAACUUGCAAAGCUGGCUGGGGAAUUCUGGGAGUUGAAGUCCACCAGAAUUAAAGUUGCCAAGGCUGGAGACCCCUGAUCUAGUGUGUGUACCAAUAUAUAAGUCCUGUGGAGUUCAUUUAGAAAAAAAAUGACUUACUUUAUUUUUUUUUCCAUUGAAAUCAGUGGGGCUUAACAGUGUUUUACAGCAUGCAGAAAAGCCGUUUUUUUGACUGCCAAUGACAAGGUGUAAUGUACACAUCUUAACCAAAUAGUCCCAUUAAAUAUUGUAGAAGAAAAUGGAAUUUGGAUUGUAAUUUCAAUUAGCAGAUCCUGAAGAUGCCCUUUCACAUUGUUCUAUUUUUUUUAAACAUUCUUCUUGCUGAAAUAUUGAUAUGCAUCGUAUUAAGGAGAUCAUCUGAGAACGAAAAGAUUCUUUCUGUUGGUAGAAGGAGCCAGGCAGGUUUUCAAGAGUACAGGAAACCUAGGUGAGCAACAAGUAUUGGAAAAUUGUUAUUAAUCAAUAAUUGACUAUUUUAAAUCAGUUUUUAAACUACACUUUAAUCGCCUUUUGAUUAGUUCUGCCCCAUGCUUCCCUUUUAUCAAUUCUGACUUCAACAUUUCUUUGUAUCAGAUGAGGAAAAAAAACGUUAUUUCUCACAUCUUAAAAAUGAGGUUCUAAUCUAAGGCACAGGUUAGCUUAAUAUGUGGCUUUGGGAAUGGGAUUUUUCAGUGAACAAAGUCAUAAAUCCAAGGCAAAUGCCUUAACAACUUUCAGAAAUGAUCACCGUUCCAUAUUUCAACCAAUUCGUUUCCUGUAUCCUUCCACAAGAACGGUCAGCAUUUGUGAGCUUAUUAAUAUUUUGUGGCUGGUAAUGUAGACAUCCAAUAUGACAUUAGUUUUGGUCUCCUUUGUGGAAUCUAGUUAUCAUUUAGGCCACAUCAAAGUGCCCAUUUAUUAUUGCUGUUCUCUUUGACUAAGUGAAUAUGGAGGGCUACAAAGAUACAUCUUCCUCUUGAAAUAAAAUAUCGGUAC